GAUUUACCUCCGAUAAGAGCUGGGUUGAUAAACUCAACUUAACUAUAAUACCAGCACUAGGUAAACCUUUUAAAAAUCCUUCAUAGAGUAGUUUAAACAAUAUUAUUAUUCACCUCUCUCUCAAUCCUAAUAUAUAUCCCCAAUGGCGACACCCUCGUCCACAACAGUCCUCGUAACCGGUGGCUCCGGUUUCAUCGGCUCCUACGUCAUACUUGGCCUUCUCUCAGAAGGCUACACAGUGCGAACCACCAUCCGCAACCUCUCGCGCUCCGCCAGCGUCCUCACCUCCCUCGAAAACGGCGGCGCCACUCCCGCCUCACUCGCGCGCCUCACCAUCUUCGCAGCCUCACUCGACGACGAUAACGGCUGGGCCGAGGCAGUCCAGGGCUGCACAUACGUGCAACAUGUCGCCUCGCCCUUCCCCGCCGAGCUACCCAAGCAUGAAGACGAUCUUAUCAUCCCCGCUCGGGAGGGCACGUUGCGCGUCCUCAAAGCCGCAGCCGCCGCGGGCGUGAAGCGGGUUGUGCUGACGAGUAGCUUCGGGGCUAUGGGGUACGGGCAUGCGCCGCGAGCGGAGCCGUUUACGGAGAAGGACUGGACGAACUUAGAUGGGGUUGUGAAGGUCACGCCGUAUAUGAAGUCCAAGACGAUUGCUGAGAAGGCGGCGUGGGCUUGGGCGGAGUCGGAUGCUAAUGCGGACAAGAUGGAGCUUGUCACGGUGGCGCCGCAGAUGGUGUGUGGGCCGACGCUGGAGAAGGAUAUCUCGACGUCGUUGGAGGUCGUUAAGAAACUUAUGGAUGGCAGUAUUCCUGGGUGUCCGAACUUGCAGUUUUCAUUCGUCGAUGUGCGCGACGUCGCAUCUCUGCAUCUACUCGCCAUGACGAAGCCGGAGGCUGCUGGUCAGCGUUUCCUUGCUGGCGGCAACGAUCCUGCUAUCUCCAUGCUUCAGAUUGGACAGAUCAUCAAGAAGCAGAGACCUCAGCACGCGAAGAAAGUCCCGUCCAUCCAGGUUCCGAACUUCGUCGUUCAUAUCCUUUCGAUUUUUGAUAAGCCGAUCCGGCAAAUCCUCCCGGAUUUGGGGAAGGUGACCCAGAGUAGUAAUAAGAAGGCUCGAGAGACUCUUGGGUGGGAGCCUCGUGGAACUGUGGAGAGCAUCGUGGAUACGGUGGAUAGUUUGGUCAAGUAUGGGGUGGUUUGAUGGGGCUAUGGACGUGAAGAUUGUGUAUACCCCAAUAAUUAUUAAUUAUAAUGAGAUUUAUUUGUGUAUAGUUUUUAGUGUCAGAAAUAUAAUGAAUGUCUCAAUU